AUGCGCGCUAUUCACAUCGCUCAAUACACAGCUUUUGCUGGAGCUCAGAUUAACAAUUCUCUUUUGAUCUACCUGAUCAUCACAAGAUCCGACAAACAGUUGGGUGAUUUUCGAUACAUAAUGGGAUGUUUCGCUUUAUAUGCUAUAUUUUAUUCUUGGGUUGAGAUUUUCACCCAGCCGUUGACAUUCAUUGAAGGACCAGCGCUAGGAGUGAUAGUAGAUAGUGGUUUAAGAAACUAUAAAAUGCUAGGGCAUUACGUUGUGUGCCUUUUUUGUGCUUGUUUCGGACUUUGUAUUACACUACUGUCGACCCAAUUUUACUUCAGAUAUUUGGCAAUGUGCAGGCCUAACAAGCUUGAAAGUGUGUCCGGAAGUCGACUUUAUUUGAUUUUUAUCCCAUCCCUCUUAGUAUUCGUUGGUUGGUAUAUCAAUGUUCUUAUCGGAAUGGCUGACACAUAUGAAAAGCAAAACUUUUUGAGGGAACCUUUCCUAAAUAACUUCUCGAUCGACUCGUACCAAAUAGCGUUUGUAGUUUGUAUGCUUUGGACAAUCGAUCAGGAUGGUGGGAAAAAUUGGAAUCUCGUUGAUUGUGUAGCAGCAUUAAUCAAUGUAUUCAUAAUUGGAUUCUGUUUUAUUUUCAUCCUGGUUUGUGCUAAAAAAAUAUACAAAAACUCGAAAGAAUUCAAGAUGUUUGUCAGCUCAAAAACCAAAGAGCUGAAUCGUCAGCUAUUUUUGUGCUUGAUUUUGCAGACUUUGAUCCCGUUCAUCUUGAUGUACUGCCCAGUUGGAUUGCUCUACAUUUUCCCAUUUUUCGAAAUCGAAGUCCGUUGGCUGGUCAGUAUCCCAGCACUUUCCUGUUGUAUCUACCCUUCCAUUGAACCUCUGAUUGCGAUAUUCUGUAUCAAAGGAUUUCGAAGUUUUCUUUUUGGUCAGAAGCCUUCAAGUCAAGUUCAUUCAACAAUAAAUACGGUGACAGCGUUAACAAGAAGUAUUGCUCCAAGAUAUACAGGGAAUAACAAAGUUUUUAUAAUGGUUAUGGGAACAUGA